CAGUGAAAUGUGAUCCAACGACAGCAGGGGGUUAAAGGGAAAACGAGUAUCAUCACUACGGUCAUAACAAUAAUACAAAAACAUUGCACCUCGCUACAGCUUCGCAAAAAUACGAGGUUCGCGUUACCGAGAACACCUCACAACAGUGGAAAACAAGCUAAGGCUGGAAAGAUUAAUGGAAGCAAAAACGAAAUAUUGUUGAUUUUUAUCUGAUCCAGUCAGAUCAUUUUGUUUUGAAUCUUAAGGAAAUAACGACGUCAAAAAAAUAACGAAUCGUUGCUGUUUUUGAAAUAUUUCGUAUUUUUUGGUAAAGGAAAAAGGUUGAGCUAUAGUAUACAUACAUAUUUACGAACUGUUUAUCAAAUAAUUACUAGGUCGUUAUAACCACGGACAUACGCAGCAAGGUACGGCAGUGUGGAAAAAAACAAACAAACACAAAGGAUUUUAAAUGGUUGAAGUAAUCUCGAUGGGAGGUUGUUUUUAAUUGUCAAAACAUUUUCUCUUUUACAAAGCUUAAGUAAAGAGGCAAGGCCAUGCGUGCUGGAUUGUCUUGUUUGUUUGCUCCAAUUUGCCCCACUACGAGGACAUCAGCAACAGCAUCAUCUUUUCUGUCAUGGCCGCACUGGAGGUAUUGUGUGACUUUUUUAUAUCUUUUGCAGUUUCAGUUCCAACAGUUGUCCUGCCGGUCCAUGGAAUGGCACACAGCAUUCGUCACCACGACAUACCUGGAUCCAGCCACCAACCUGACUGUCACAGAAAACACGGAAAGUGGCAGGUAUGGGGACAGUUCCCCCAAGGAUAGCGUCGAUGGUCAUGUGGGGAUCCCCAGAACUGUAAAGGACACGGAGGGCUGUGACCCUAACGCCGAAUACUAUUUACCAACCCGAGCUGGCUCACUCGCUACAGAACCGUGGAUUGCACUGGUUGCCAGAGGCAAUUGUACGUUCAAGGACAAAGUAUUGAAUGCAGCUAGGAAAAAUGCAGCCGCAGUGGUCAUCUACAAUGAAGCAAAGUACGGCAACACCACCAUCCCUAUGUCCCAUAUUGGGACUGGAAACACAGUGGUCGUUAUGGUUGGCUACCCGAAGGGGAUUGAGAUUUUAGAGCUGGUCCGCAGAGGAAUCCCAGUCAAAAUGUCCAUAGCUGUGGGCACCCGCCAUGUACAGGAGUUUUUGAGUGGUCAGUCUGUUGUGUUUGUGACCAUCGCCUUCAUUGCAAUGAUGAUCAUCUCUUUGGCUUGGCUUAUCUUCUACUACAUACAGAGAUAUCUGUAUGCUGGAACGCAGUUUGGAAACCAGAACAAUAGAAAGGAGACUAAAAAAGCCAUAAGUCAGCUCCAGCUGCACACUGUGAAACGAGGAGACAAGGAAAUAAACCUGGAUGCAGAGAAUUGUGCAGUGUGUAUUGAAAACUACAAACCUAAAGAUGUUGUCAGAAUUCUUCCUUGCAAACAUGUUUUCCACAGGACGUGCAUUGACCCCUGGCUACUAGAUCACAGAACAUGCCCAAUGUGUAAACUUGAUGUUAUAAAAGCCCUUGGAUAUCUGGUGGACCCUGAAGAAGCCAUUGAAGUGACAGCCCCAGAGUCUCUGCCAGAUAGUGUGACUAUCAGGAGCCUGAGUGUUUCCCUACAGGGUGAUGCAGACAAUGAAGCCAGCAGCAGCAGUGCCCCUUCUCACCAGACCCUGCAGGAUGACAGCGGGGCUGUGGAAGAAGCUGGAGAAUCAGUAGCUCUCCUUGAUGACAAUCAGAAGUGUGAGGAGAACAGAGAAAAGACUCCUGAUCCUGAUGACAUCUCUUGAACAACAACAAAGGACACACAAAGACUUUGCUUCAAACCCAUUUCCUUGCUACUCAAAUCAUGGACCUUCCUUACAAUCCUGAUCUGAGACUUGCUUAGAUGUUAAGAGCUCCAAAUAAUAUAUAAGAAUAUAUUUUAUGUAAUGCCACAUAUUAAGAAGAAAUGAUAGAUGUUUAACUACAGCUAUGGCCAAAAGUUUGGCACCACAUAGAAUUUUAGGAUUUAGGAAAACAAAAAACAAAAAAACAA